GAGAUAAAAAAAAACGUACAACAGAGAGCACUCCAUCUACACAUAGCAAUGAGAGAUCGACAGGAAGACAAGAAUGACUCGAGCAUCAACGCUCUGGCCUUGAGUAGACAAGCCCGGAAGCUAUGGCUGCAGAGUGCAACGUCGCUGGAAGAUUUGGACCGCGUAGAAGAUCUCUACCGGAGGGCCCUGAAUUCCAAGCGGAAAGUCGCUGGGAAGCAUGCGGCAGAGGCUGCAACGGGGGGCAAGAAGCGGAAGCGAUCGUCCGACGGAAAGAAAAUGGUCGCCGCGCUGUCUCCAGAAGAAUAUCGAAAGGCGGGGGAGCGGCUCUCCCUCUUGUACAUACAAUCUGGGCGACCGUAUAAAGCGACGAUGGGAUUGAAGUAUCUUGGUUUCGAAUGUCGCCUGUCCGAGCGCAUACUGAACUACCCACUGAAACUACCCGAAAUCAAGAACACGGAGAGAAACACCACAGGCAAAAAGAAUGGUAGGGACAGCAGCAACGUGAAGUCGAUGCCAGAACCGCCCUGUUGUGUGGUGGACGACUUUUUGUCACAGUCAGAACUCAAUCAUUUGCGCAAGGUAUUUGGAGACGUGUCUUCAUCGUAUUGGUCUUCCCAUAAUUACAUAAUCGACGAAGAACCCCCGGCGCCAUACUUUUCGUACGUGAUCGAUCUGAGGCAACCAGGAACGCAGACAAGCGGGGCGAAGAAAGGAUUUUUGAGGUCGGUCAUCGACAAGAUAUUGACCUGUGGACCGGUGUCUGAAAAAUUCCAGCACCUCCGCCGGGACGCCAGGUACGUCGAACUUUGGGCCCACAAUCGCCCCCACGCAUCCGGUCACCAGCUCCACUUCGAUUCCGAUGACGAGGGACGCAGCCGGCAGCAGGAGUUUCCGAAACACCCAAUUGCGAGCACCGUGCUGAAUCUUUCUUCUCACUCGAGGGUGGGCGGACCAACGCUGGUAACGAYCCAGCGGCUGAGAAACCCUACGACGACGAACCUGAGCUCGGUGAAGGGCUGGCUUGUCCCUUCGAAACCAGCAAGGCUCGUCUGUUUCGAUGGAUCUGUGCUGCAUGGGGUGAUCCCCGGAAAGGGCACGAUUCCGCCACCAAUGACUGCAACGGAUGACAACCACGGCGAAGAUGACAGGGACGGUAGYGGCUCUCGAAGCUAUCCACCGCGGGAGCACCGUCCCCGACGUGUCACGUUGAUGAUGGCCUUCUGGAAGCACAUAAAGGUGAGAAAGGGUUCAAAGCCGGGCUCUGCGAGACCCUGGCCAAAGAAAACUGUGUCCUGCGCAGAUGUGGCUGCGGCACCGCAGACGCCCUCGGACUUGUCCUCGACACUACCAAGUUGGGCGGUCGAACUGGAUCGAACGGACAUCGCUGUAUCAGCGAUUUCGUCGUCGAAGCGACGGAAGGACGAAACUAGCCGCAAGGUCAUACCGGUUCCCCGAGUGUACGAACGAUUCGACGGGAACCCUGUGCCGAAAUACCACAUUGGCAGCGACGAUUCUAUGGGUGAUGGCUAUUACAUGCCCGAAUACGACCGGGUCUUUCAAGGCUUUUGAAAAAAGAAAAACAAGAGUUUCUUCGUGCACAGGCAUGGGCGUCUUUCUUCGUUUGAAAACUAAGAUGAGUACCCAUGAUACUCAUUCCUACAUUCAUACAUGCCCCUGGAAUAAAACCCUCUGCUUUGUACCUCGGCGAACCAAGAUGCAAUGAUCAAACACUCAAUACUAGCUUUCAGCUUCACGUAAUUGAUUUUCUGGGUUGCUCAUGUUUGGUUUGACGGGCAUUUUUUCCGACCACCUGUACGAAUAGGUUUCUUUAACUAUGGAAUUAAGGUCGCGUUGGUAA